AUGGCCUCCACUUCCGAUCAGAGCUAUUCUGGAAGAGCAAACAUUAAAAACAGUCCAUCGCAGGAGACCCAGGAUUACCAUUGGACUCAAGCUGCCUUCCACUGUCAACGAACUCCAAUGAUCCUCAAACUAGGCCAGACCGAACUCGACGCCCUACUAACAACUUACCAGAUCAAGGAUAAUAUCACCAACCAUCUCAAUAACCAUUCACUGAGCCUGAACCCCUACGGCCCACCCCCAACCUCCAACCAAUCAUCACCGCUAAACUCGCUCAUCAGGACCUCACUCAACAAUCUUGCCGAAUAUGAUGCGUUGGCCCUACCCUUGACUAAUCCCACAUGGAGAGCUCGUUGGGACAGUCUCUGUGUCGACCAGUCCCCUAUCGCCCCACAACCUUCCCAGGCCUCUCAAACACCAGAUAAUUCUCAGGAUGCGGAAUUCUGGCGUCGCGCCGGCUACUUUCUUUCCCCCGAACUCAAUUUUCAUAAUACGAUCGAAGUCACCAGAUGUAUCUGCUUUGCAUCGGAAUGGCUCGAGUUGGACUCUCCUGUCGAAGGCAUCCGAUUUGAUUGUGAACUUGCUAUGAAGCAAGAAGUCAGCUAUGCUACGUAUCUCAGCGCCUCCCACCUGAUCCUCCCCAGGAUUAGACAUCGGCGGUAUAUUUCAGAUUAUGGAAGAGCAAUUUGUUCAAUUUUAGCUGGACUUCCCAGCUCAGUUGUUCUCUCAAUAGUCGUACCCAUUUUAGAUACGGACGAGAAGACGUUCACGGCUUGGGAAGAUUGGCACAGUCUGCGAACGCUGUGUGGAUAUCAUCCUCGCUUGAAUAUCACUCUGGAAAUUCCCCAUGUCGGGAUAGGGGUGGAUACCACUGCUUUGAUAAACAGGUGGACAUCCGAGCCGAUAGGAUUCCUAUUAAUCCCUGCCACCAGCUUUAUAUCCAAUGCCAAGCAUUAUCCUGUCUUAAGCAAAUCUUGUCAGACGUUUGUCAAAGCGAUGCUCAAAUACAAGCCCACCGUGAUUUUAUCACAGACGUCAGAGGGGAAACAUUCCUCAGGUGGUUCAUUGGCAUACGCACAAUACUUACGAUUUUUAGAGAAAAGAGCCGCCGCCAUAGUUUGUGACCCGAUCGAAAAUUUUGCGGCUGGCUAUCUAGAUUAUCUACAAGCCCCCUUACAACCUCUGGCUGAUAAUUUAGACUCUGUGGUUUAUGAGGGAUUUGAAAAAGAUCCAGUCAAGUAUUCCAAAUACGAAGAAGCGAUCUUUCGGGCCCUAUGUGACCGACGCGCCGACGCGCCGCAGGUGCUUGCCGUUUGUGGUGCCGGUAGAGGGCCGUUAGUCGAGGCAGCUUUGCGUGCAGCACGACGAGCAGAUCGAGCGAUAACUUUGACCGCUAUAGAAAAAAAUCCCAACUCCUACCUUACGCUUCAAGAAAGACUGAGGACAGAGUGGGAUCCGGAGGUGGUCAAACUGUGGUAUGGUGAUAUGCGUGACUAUCAACCGACUGAAGCGAUCGAUAUCAUCAUCUCUGAGCUUUUGGGCUCAUUCGGUGACAAUGAGCUCAGUCCAGAGUGUCUGGAUGGAGUGAUUCGCUGGCUAGCAUCCGAUGGAAUAUCUAUCCCGUCUGGGUAUUGUUCAUUUCUCGCACCUCUUGCGUCCAGUAAGAUUUACUCCAGAGUUCUUGAGCUUGGCAAGUUUGAAACUCCAUACGUGGUCAUGAUUCAUGCGGCAGAGAUCAUCAGUGCGCAGGGAGGCCCGGAUGGGGAAAUGGGCAAGGUACAAGAAACCUGGUCAUUCGCCCAUCCUCGCACAGACCUGAUAUUUUCUCAUGAUACGGGCGUACCGAUCACUAACUUCCAUAACGCACGCUCGAGUCAUUUGACGUUUCAUAUCCCCCAACCUAGCGUUUGUCACGGACUGGCUGCCUACUUUCGUGCAACUCUUUAUGACGACGUGACGAUUGAGACUCAUCCGGAAUCUAGAAUGUCUCGGGAAAUGCUAUCAUGGUUUCCGAUGUUCUUUCCUCUCAAGGAACCGAUUUACUGCCCAAAGAAUAGUGAAUUGGACGUUCAUAUCUGGAGGUUGACAGAUCAAGUAGGAAGGAAAGUAUGGUAUGAGUGGUCAGUUGAAGGAUUUACGAUCCCACCAGCGCGGCCGGAGAAGUUGCCAGCUCGACGGAAGCUAGUGAAGAUUAAAUCGAGUGGCUCGCCGGCGCCACCGUCGUCGGCGUCGAAGAAGAUGAAGGUACCCGAGAAUACGGAUCCGUCGCUGCUGGCGAGCGAGAUCGGUGAGCAUAGUCAUACCGAAUUUGGCGGUGACGAUGAGUCGGUGGCGAUGAUGGAUGAGGAGAGAGACAACUUGGACGACGACUUUGAUCAUUGUCUCGAUCUCCACUUCGACUCGCGUGUCAAGAUCGCCACUAGCACCUUACACAACGUCUUGGGAAAGGAAUCUUCCGUCAGAUGGUAA